CAAUUGAAUUGAGAACCGCUGGUAGCAUGAUGGCAGCCUCCUUGUUUGUUAAAAUUGAAGUAAUUUAGAUGUAACUGCGAAUGAAACUAGGAAUAGUUAUCGAGUAAUUAUUGGAAAUAAAAAAAUCUUCGAUUUAUAAAUAUACUCAAUACGAGUGUCCCAUAUUUACAAAUUCAAGCAAGAAAAAACUUCACAUUAUACGAAGUGUCUUCUGUACCCGGAUAUUAAGAUAUCUUAUCAACUGAUUCUCUAUACCAGUUAACAAGUGCACAGACCAUUAAAAAUAAUAUGCUUAUUUUAUAGCCAAAAAAUGGUAAAGUUGUACGCAUUAUCUAUUUUGUAUAAAAAGCCUACAUCAGCUAUAGCCUUAAAGGCUGCCUAUGAUGUUGAGUCAUUCUCAUUUUUUCAAAGAGGAAGUGUCAAAGAAUUUAUGUGUUUUGUAAGUAAAACCAUUGUUGAGAGGACUCAGAUCAGCUUCAGGCAAAGUGUGAAAGAAGGAGAUUACAUGUGUCAUGUAUAUGUAAGAGGGGAUAAUUUAGCUGCAGUACUUAUAUCGGAUCAUGAGUAUCCCAGGAGAGUAGCUCACACAUUGAUUACAAAAGUUAUGGAUGAAUUUACUAUGAAAUAUCCAAUCUCAACAUGGGAAACUUUAAGUGAAGCAAUGACUGAUUUCUCACAGCUUAAUUUAUACCUAGCAAAAUACCAAAAUCCUAAUGAAGCAGAUGCUUUUACUAAAAUGCAAAAUGACUUGGAUGACACAAAAAUUAUUUUGCACAAUACGUUAGAGGCUGUCCUUCAAAGAGGAGAGAAGCUGGAUGAUUUAGUUUCAAAGUCUGAGGGACUUAGUGCACAGUCAAAAGCAUUCUAUAAAACUGCAAGGAAAACUAAUUCCUGUUGCAGUUUAGCUCCUUGAAAGCUUCUAUUAACAACAGAUUAUGCUGGUUGUACUUCAGCAACAAAUAUUUAUCAUUUUCUAAUGACAGUGCAUAAUGCAAAUAUUUAAUAUUAUAUGUGUUUCAUUCAAAGAAAUAAUUGGAAGAUGUUCUGGUUCUGUCAUGUGCAAAGCUGAUUAUCAAAUGUACAGAUUGUUUAUAUGUAGAAUGUAUGAUGACACUUAAAUGUUAAACCACUGCCGGUUUCACUCAGCCGAUUUUAAAGAAAUGAAAAUUAUUAUAUAUAAAACCUGUCUUGAUUUGUAACGUAUUUCUGCAAGAAUGUAUGAUCAAAAAGAAAACAAUGAAGUAGUAGAUUUAUACAUUUCAAAAUUCUAUUUAGUUAAAUUGAUAUCGAACUUCCAAAAAAUGUGGUACAAGUAGAUUUAAUUGAAAACACUUGACUGAAAAGAACAAGUAGAUAUUGUAGGAACAAUGUUCAGAUUUAUUUGUACACUAAAAUGAAAUGUGUUUGUGCAACAUUUUAAUUUGUAUCAUAUUAUAACCAUAAUGAGUAGGACUUUUUAUAUUACAGAUCUAUUUGCUCCUUAAUUGUCUCAUAGCAUAUCUUUUUAUGACAACUUAACCCAAGCACUUGAUCUGGCAAAAAUAUUUCUUUAACAUCACAAUAUGAUUAGAAUUUACUAUUUCUACAAAAACAUUUUAUUGUUGCAAUAUCAAUAGAAAAGGUUGAUUAUAUUGUUGCAGAUAUAUGUUUUGUAAACCUGUAGACUAAU